GAAACAGAUGUUAGCGCGCGAUUUCAAGGCCGGCGUUACGGCGUGCUCACAUGUUCGUGCAAACUAGCAAUCUUCAUGUUAUCGUGCUUUUUGAGAAAUAAUUGUGUGACGUAAACCUAUGUUUUACGCUGAAAUUAAUGCCCUCUAAAUUGUCUCACUUAUUUACAAACUUUUAUCCUACUGUCAUGAAUAAUAAAAUAAUUAGUGUGAAAGAUGCAAGUUUGAAUCUUAAUGCAAUCGUUCAGUUAAUCAGUCAAAAUGAUGGUGUAAUAGCACUUCCAACGGACACUAUCUAUGGAUUAGCUUGUUCCGUUUUUAAUAGUGAAGCAAUUGAACGAAUACGUCGUAUUAAAGGUCGUUCAGAGACUAAACCUAUGGCUAUAUGUUUAGAUCAGGUAUCGCAUAUCUCCCACUGGUGUGAUACAAAAAAUAUUCCAACUGGUCUGCUAUCAGAUCUUCUCCCUGGUCCUGUCACUGUUCUAUUACCACGUUUUUCUGAUAGACUUCAGGAUCCAUUGAGCACUCAUUUGCUAAACCCAAGCGAUAAGCGUGUUGGAAUUCGAAUACCAGAUUCCGGUUUUAUACGUAAACUUAUAUCAGCUUUGAAUGAACAAACUAGAUUCUCAUCAAUUGUUGGCAAUAAUGUUGAACAUUCUAGUGGUUGUGAUAAGCACGAUAGUACCAGUAUUGGUGGUGGUCAUCCAUUAGUGUUAACCUCAGCAAAUUUAAGUGGACAACCGUCGGCGAUUCAAAUCGAGGAAUUUUCCGAAAUUUGGUCAUCCAUUGACUUGAUCAUCAAUGGUGGUCCCAUUCAAUCUGAUAUGUCCUCAAAAAGCUCCGAUUGUAGCCGGGCCGGUUCAACCAUUAUUGACUUGUGCAACUGUGACAAGUCUGUUUAUUCUGUAGUACGAAAUGGCAGUGCAUUCAAUUCAACGGUAGCCAUAUUAGAAGGUCGUUACAAUCUUUCUCUCGCAGACAAUUUCUCCAACAUAAACAAUUGAAAACUAAUUCCAUUUUUUAAAUGAUAUUUCAUGUAAAUGGUUUGAAUUUUCCCUCCUAUUCUUCUUCUUUUUCUUCAAUAAUCUAAUUCUCCUACGCAUUCACACUCCUCCAUUUGUCUUCGAAUCAAUGUAUUCGUAUUAUUAUUAUUAUUAUGUAACCCCGUAUUUUACUUUUCUUUGCACAUUCAGGGAUUUCUUCUUCAUUUAACUUUGAUGAUGAUAAUGAUGAUUUUUACUAUUAUUGUUAUCCUUUUUUUUGUAAUUUGUUUUCAUCGACAAAAAAUAUAUAUAUAUCCGUCGGUUGUUAAGAUAAACAGUGAUGUUAAAAUUCACUUAUCAAAUAUGAUUGUAUUCAGUUACAG